GGCACUGUCCCCGGGGUUACCGUGCGCCUGGCCGUGCGCCCAGGCUGCCACGCAGUGCCUCUAUUUUGGCAACAGAGGAGCGCAGGUUGGCUCGGUACGUGGCCGAAGGAGUGGGAAGAUGUGUGGCAAGGGGAGCCAUCGGAGGGAGAGGUUUUCUGUUCCCGGCCUGGCGCUCCCGCGGCUGCGGCGGCAGGGCAGGGUGAUGGGCUCGCUGCUGGAGCCCUCCUUGUGGUUUCUGGAGGCGGAGCAGCCCAGGUUCAGCAAGGUUUCCCGCACCCUGGCCUUUGUGUACCCAUACCUCUUCGACAGCAUCCCUCUCUUCUACAGGUUCUACCUGUGCGCAGUGGAGAGCUGCAUGGAGGCUGCGAUCCUGGUCCACUACAAGCACACCGUCUUUGCCUUCCUCACUUGCUUCAUCUUUGCUAGCCAUCUGCCAGAGAGACUUGCGCCAGGACACUUUGAUUAUAUCGGGCACAGCCACCAAGUUUUCCACGUGUGUGGGAUCAUCAGCACGCACUUCCAGAUGGAGGCCAUCAUGAUGGACAUGGCCGAGCGCCACGACCAGCUCCUGCCCACCUCGCUGCUUCCCUCCUCCCUGCAGACUCUGGGGUCCAUGGGCGUCUGCAUGGCGGUGAGCCUGGCCGUCAUCGGGCUCUGCUCGAUGUCCCUGCGCUUCAUGCCAGAGCCUCUGCAGAGAGAAAAACCACACGGGCAUUAG